AUGUCGUUUGACGGACCGGGCGUACCACAGCAGACGCAGCACUUUCCUCUGUACGAUUUGGAACUCUCCGAUGAUGGUUCUUCGUCGGUAAUCAGUGAGUCUGAAAAACGGCAAGGAGCUAGGCAACGGCAGGGCUCGUCGACAUCAUCGACACAAAUCCUUCCACCUACUGGCAAUAAUGGGUCACAGCGUGCGCACAGCUCACCUUUACCAGCUUAUCCAGUGAGCAUACGCCAGCAGCUGGCUAUCAUAAAACAGAUGGAACAACCAAUGCAAGUGGCGGUCGACUCGUCUUCGACCAGCUUGCAGUUAUCUCAAGCAAUCAGUGCAUCACCUGGCUUAUCAAGAAAACGUAUUUUGAAGGUUCAUAAAAAGAAUGAGCGUGGAGAGACACCAUUGCAUGUAGCAGCACGUAAAGGAGAACACCGACUGUGUAGGAAAUUAAUUGAAGAAGGUGCACUUAUCAAUGCUCGGGAUUACGCUGGUUGGACUCCCUUACAUGAAGCAUGCUAUCAUGGACAUUUCAAAGUUGCUAAACUUCUUCUUGGCUACGAUGCAGAUGUUAAUGCGCUGUCGGAUUGCGAUGAUACUCCCUUACAUGAUGCUGUCGCGAGUGGAAACGAAAAGUUGGUUUGGUUGCUGUUACACGCGGGUGCAAUUCGUGAUCGUGUUGAUAAUGAUGGGAAAAAACCGCUUGAUAUUUGUCAUUCAGAAUAUAGUGGAAUAAGGAAUCUUCUCUCCAGUGCUACCGUCCCUGAACUAUGUCCGAUCGACGAAUCACCUUCUUUAAGUCCGUCUAGUCCACGUCACAUACAAGGGUCGUCCCAGAUGCUUACGAUAAAUGUAAUGCAGCUUACCCCAGAAAAGCAUUGCUUAAGAUCACCAAACAGUGAUGAUUCGGUAGCCAGUGCAGAAACUUUUCCGAGAGAAAGGAACGCAGAGACCAGUGAAGAGCUGCGAAUGCAAUUACAAGGGUCAUGCAAUCACCCGACGAAUGAAGAAGAAGAUACCAACAGGAACACAAAGACCUCUGAUUUUGACGAUGUGCUAUCAAGGAAUGAAGAAGUGAAAGGCAGAAUGCGUCAUGAUUUUGGUGACAUCGAUCCCUCAUUUUCGAUACAUCGUUCUUUGUGGCCUGAAGAAAGAAGUAAUGCAUUGAAAAGCAUUGGAUUUCAUACUGGUUCUUCGCCUUACGAAUUUGACCAAGAUUUAAAACCAUCACAUGUCUCAUUUGAGAAUACUUGCUUUGGAAUAAGCGAAUCAACGGAAGCGGAAAUUCGUCAUUUCGGACGUCCACGUAGUAUACACACCGAACUUUUCUCUCCUCAGUAUACAUCCCAGAAAUCAACCUCUAAUGAAAAGCGUAAGCAAAGAGGUCGAAGACGUGGACGAGCCAUCUCUACAGCUGCGGGCUGUGCUGCUGUCAUAGCUCAAACAUCUCAGUCCGAUGAUGUGUAUGAAUUUCGCAGCAGCCCCGAAUCUGAUGCAGGUAUAAAUAAAACGGGAUCUGCUGGAGAUAUGGAACGAGAACUGAGCGAAUCGCCGAGUUUGAAGAAACAGCGAUUCAAUCAGACUGGAACCACCGCUAUGGCCUCUUUUACUUUGACUACAGUUUCUCAAACAAGUACUAUACAAGAAGGUAUAUCCGUACUAGAAAAAGACGAAACUAUGGAUAUGAUAUCGAAUAUAUCUGAUUUGAUGGAUGAGAAAGUUGAUGGGACGAUUGAUCGUAAGGUACCUCCGCUUCGCAUAUCGUUACCCCGCACACCCAACGAAGAUGGUAUAGCGAUAGCAAAUGCUGCAGAUGAUGUGACUUCAAUUACGAGCAGUGCUGUAAGACGAAAUACUAGAAGUACCAAAAGUCUUACUCGUAGGCAUCAAAGCCCUGAACAAAGUGUUAGCACUUCUUGUGAUGAGAGCAUACAACGAGUUACAAGAAGCAAACUUCGACAAUCCGGACGACAGCUUCGUGAACAUUUUGCAGUAAGCUAUGAAACGUCAGCGAAAAGGAAAUCAAGUAGUUGGCGGCGUAACUCUACAGCUACUUCGUCACCAAUGCCUGUGCUGUCCGCGGCAGCUUCCGACGAACAUACUACUUUUAAUAAUAAUACUGGAGAUAAAGCUGAUGCCGAUGAAAGCUCACAUUUGGAAGCUACUGCACGGAAAGACGAUGAAAAUACUUUAUUGGCUUUAUCACUGAUGAAAAAGAAUAGCUAUGAAGGUUUUCGAGACUUCCGUUCUGUAAUUGAGCAACGCUGGGCCAAAGAUGCAACCAGUGAGACUAUUGCUCCAGAAAGCCCACCUAAUUUUAAUAAUUACUUAAUUGUACAAGGAAAUUACACGUCGGCAAGUAAUAUGGGCUUACUGUCAACUCAAGAAAAAGUGAAUGUUGUAUUUAUGGAAAAGUUAACAAUGAAACUUCGUACUCUUCACACGGAACAGCAGGAAAAGAGGAGAAAUAUGCUUUUUUAUCAUCAGGUGGAACGCGAACGACUACGGAUGCAAGCAGAAAGUGAAGUGAUACGUAUGCUUACGCGAAAGGCAAAUGAACGUAAUGGAUCCUUUUCAACUAUGAGGGUGAUUAGAGAGAUGAAUUUAUUCAAUACCGGUUUUUUGGAAGUGAAGUCGGAAAAAUUACCAGUAAUGGAAAUUUCGGAAGUUAAAGUGAAGUACGAAAAACUUGCAGAGAUGAUGCGCAGACGACAGCAAAUGGAGGCAGAUGCACUAUAUGCUGAGCAGAUCUUUAUAUGGAAUGCGGCAGUUCAAAGAAGCGAAGAUGCAACAUUAUCAAGUUUGAAAGAUGCUGUGCCGCAUGUAUCAGUUAACUCGGUGAUUCUAAAUUUUUGAGGAUGCUGAUGUUCAACAUUUCUGGACAUCAACUGUAAUUGGCAUCAGCAAUGUAAUGGCUUGUCGUUUUGACAGUAAUGUCAUCAAAAUAUUUGUAAGAACUUUAGGUACGGGUAAGAUCGGAUGAAAUAUCUCGUACUCUGUAACAGUUUGAUCAAUGCUGGAUUAAUCAAACUGAGUACAUUUGGUGAUUCGAGUUUCCUUGUGGUUCAGAUGAAAAACGUCAGGGAACACUCCAUCGCAUAUAUGUUGCACCGUGUCGAUUUUGAUGUUUACCCAAGUUGUUUGAGUUUUCAGACUUCCAAAAUUUGCCGUGGUUUUAUUGGAAGAUAAAGUUUUAAUCACUAAUUCCGUGUCAGAGUGAAAUUAUUUGUAUUCAGAAUAUCUUCUGGAGAAUUACUCCAUACUUUGCCGGAAAGUUUAUUCCUAAAACUGCUUAUUCUUACAGUUUGUUCUUACAAUAUGGUAGCAUUUAAACUAUUAUGAACAGUUUAU